UUUAUUUCGGACGAGGCAGCGAAGCUCUUUUACUCACUUCAGUGGCCUCCGGAGACGAAGCGUGCUUUGCACCAUGAGCAUCAGUUACCAUCGCCCUGGGAGUAUGAACUAUAGCAGCCGUUCCCACGGAUCCCUUCCUAAUCGAAGCUCAUUGUACCGAGCCAAUUCGGGAUUCUUAACCCGAGGGUCCUUCAGGGAUGUCUCCAGCUAUCCCCUCUCUACUUCGACGCCUUUCUUUCUCUCCCCGCUGCCCAGUUUGGAGAUCGACCCCAAGCUGCACCAGAUACGCACGGAAGAGAAGGAACAGAUCAAGGGGCUCAACAACCAGUUAGCCUCCUUCAUUGACAAGGUACGCAAACUUGAGCAGCAGAACAAAGUGCUGGAGACGCAGCUGAAACUUCUGAGGGACAAAGACCAAUACAAAUCCAAUGUGAGGCACAUUAUGACAGUCCACAGCCAGCCCCUUAAGCAGCAGAUAGAGACCCUCAAUCAAGAUAAGGUGAAAUUGCAAAAUGAGCUGGACCACACGCAGACUCUUCUGGAGGAACUGAAAAGCCAGUAUGAAGAGGAGAUAAAUCAGCGUAAUCAGCUGGAAAAUGAGUUUGUGGUGACUAAAAAGGACCUGGAUGAUAUUUACUUGCAGAAAGUAGAUGUUGAAUCCAAGCUAGAGAGCAUCACGAAUGAAAUCAAAUACCUUAAGCAGCUUUUUGAAGAGGAGAUCAGAGAAUUGGAAUCUCAAAUCCAAAAUGCGAUGGUCACUGUGGCGAUGGACAACAACCGGGAACUGGAGAUGAAGCACAUCAUCGAUGAGGUGAAAGAACAGUACAAGACCAUGACUACCAAGAGUCGUGAUGAGGCUGAACAGUGGUACAAAAGCAAGAUUGAUGACAUUGUAAGGCAAAAUCAGAAGCAUAAAGAUGAGAUGAAAAACAUCAAGGGUCAGAUUGCUGAGCUGACUCGCGAUGCCCAGCAUAUCAAUGGAGAAAUUGAGGCCUUAAAGAAUCAGCGAGCCAAUCUAGAAAAUGCUGUGGCCUCAGCUGAAGAACAAGGGGAGCAGGCUCUGCAAAGUGCCAAGAGUACUGCCCAAGACCUGGAGGAGGCACUGAAGCAAGCCAAACUUGACAUGGCCACCAAGACAAAAGAAUACCUAGAUCUGAUGCACCUCAAACUGGCCUUUGAUAUAGAAAUUGCCACCUACAGAAAGCUGCUGGAAGGAGAAGAAUACCGGAUGGUUGGUCAGGUUCCAACACAACAGGCCAGUGCCAUUAACAAGUUAGCUGGACUCCUGACUCAGGGAACAGCACUUCCCUCUCACACUGGGGCUGCAGGGACUUCGGUCACCACCAGCAGCUCACUGAAGAGGCCUUUGAUGAUCAAGACCAUUGAGACCAAGGAUGGGAAGAUCAUUUCAGAGGCCAGUCAUUUUUCAGCGAAGUAACUGUAGUAGAAGCAGCAAAAAGUCGAUGUAUCUUCAAGACUUAAAAAUAAAUGAUUGUUUUUAUAGUCUCUAAUGAUAACCUACUUCAUAUACCUCCAUAUUUUCUCCCUUGCAGUGCUAUUUCUUUUUCAAGCUACAAUGGCUGAAUUUUACCUUGCCAAUAAAGUGGUGCAGAUAAUAUGUUCUAUGUACCAAUUCCUAUUAAAGCUCCUGAAAAAUGUGU